UUCUCAAACAAACAAAAACAGAAAAAUAGUUGAGCUUGAGUGAGUUAACCUAGAGAGAUGGCCAUUGUUGCUUUAACUUCUCUUAUGUCAACACUUGAGCUUGAGUUUUUGCAGUCCACCUCAAGGCCAAGGCCAAGGCCAAAGCCAAGGGUAUCAGUUGAUGAAACUCAUGAAAGUGGGUUGAUGUGUAGUCUGCUGAAGCGCGAGCCAAGCGUGUCUCUUUAUGGUAAAGUAGAAAUGCUCCAUAAAAAGCUUUGUUCUUUGCAGGCCUUUCUUGAGAAAUUCAAGCGUGGUGGUGGUGGUGGGGCUGAAAUCAAUGAUUUGGAAAUCAAAAUUAGAGACUUUGCGCUCAAAGCUGAAGACCACAUUGAAAUACAAGUCAGCAACUUUCUUCUGGGCAAGGAUGGAUGGCAUCCACAAAAAGCUUCUCAGGAGCUCCAUCAAACCUUGCGAGAAGCAGCAAAAAAUGCAGCAGAGUUGCUGGAGAUGCUGAAUGAAGAAGAUGAUGAGGUGAAGAUGGUCGGGUAUGAGAAUGUUAAGUUGACUGGAUCCUCACAGUCACAGUGCUUUGAGGGCAGAAUAAUGGUCGGGCGUCACCAUGAUCGUACAGUGAUAAACAACUCCCUCUUCGAUGUCGACGAAUAUGGCAAACCAAGAGUAAUUGCAAUUGUUGGGAUGAUGGGUAUAGGAAAGACUUGUUUAGCCAGAAGUAUCUACAAUCAUCCCUCAGUUGCAUCGCAUUUCCAGGUAAGAACUUGGAUUACUUUACCUCAAGAAUACCAGCAUGUGGAUCAAACACUACGGGAUCUUUUGUCGUCAAUUUCUGGAGUAGAGCCUAAGCCAAUUUCAAUUCAUAUUAUGAUUUCCUUAAGUCCACUGCAAUUGGAAGUAUAUCAACGCUUAGCAAGUCGGAGUUAUGUAAUUGUUCUGGAUAACUUAUGGGACAAUUCAGCUUGGAAUCAUAUCCAAAGAUGUUUACCUCGUGGUGGCAGAAGUCGCAUAUUAAUAACCACAACGCACUUCGAUAAGAAAAGCUAUGCUGAUAUAAAGUUUUAUAAGCGUAAAAUGGCUUUUCUGGAUCCAAAUGAAAGUUGGGAUCUAUUCUGCAAUAUCCUUUCUCCCAAAGAAUCUAUGGCACCUAAAUUUGAAAAAAUUAGGAGUGAGGUUUUGGAGAAAUGUGAAGGAUUACCACAAUUAAUUGUUGAAGUUGCAAAGCGUUUAUCAAAAUGCAACAACAUACAACAAGAAUGGAAGAAGAUUGAAAAGGAAUUAGAGUUGCUGGGAGUUCUAGAUCGAAGUGUACUUGCUCGCAUAUACAAUCAAUUGCCAAAAUAUGUGAAUGUUUGCUUUCUAUAUUUUGGAGUCUUCCCAAAACGCAGUGAAAUCUCAGUUAAAACGCUUAUUAGAUUGUGGGUUGCUGAGGGAUUUGUGGAGCUGUUGGAGCAUAAAGAGUUGGAAAAUGUAGCUUAUGAGUAUUUACAAGAGCUUGUUGAUAGAAGUCUUAUCUUAAUUAGUAGCCGGGGCUCAAAUGGCAAAAUUAAGACUUGUAAGAUGCAUGGUAACAUGCAUACUUUCUGUGUAGGAGAAGCUCAAAAAGGAGGUAUUUUAUGUGCAGUAAAUAUUAUGCAAUUUCCAGGAGUUUCAUUAAAUGCAUUUGCAAAUUCAUGCCGUUGGUUGAGUUUAUACACACAUAGUUUUGACUAUUAUGUGUUGUUUGAUACAAUUAACUCUCGCUCCAUUUUCUUCUUUCAUGAAAAUCCUGAAAUUUCUGUACCUCUCAAGCUGUUAAGAGUUUUAGCUUCUGUUCCACCUCCAUUCUUCCGAAGAAUGCAAAUGCAUUUUGGGGAUUUCAUUUUCUUGAGAUACAUAUCUGUAGCACAAUGGUUUGAAGGUCUGGAUUAUAUAGUGUCAAUUAACAGUAAUUUGCAGACUCUUGUUGUUUCUGGUAAUGAAUCACAAGCUACUGUCCGUUUGCCAUCCAAAAUAUGGGAGUCACCACAGUUGAGGCAUCUUGAACUUGGCAAUUCCUAUACAGUAGAUCCCCCAAGCGUUGAUAAGAAGAGUUUUCAAACAUUAUCUUGGAUGAAUUAGAGCUCAACUGCACUUGCGGAU